CCCCGCCCCCCUGAUUGAGCUCAGAAACAAACAAUAGCUCUCUCCACUGGACGGCAGAAUGACAAACAGAACCUACAAACAAAGGGAGAAGAUGAUCUGCAGCAUCCUGCUGCUCAUCACACUGACCUCCUGUGUCUCUGGAUCAUUUGUAGUGAAUGUGAGACAGAGAUCCUAUCAGGCAGAGGAGAACCACAACAUCACACUGGAAUGGACGUUCUCACCCAGAACAGACGGUUCCUCCAAGUCCAUUUUUAUCUUCUGUGAACUGUUAACUGAUCUCGGACCCUUCGCCCUGUUUGACCUACAUAAAGAUCUCGAGGUUCCAGAGUCUCAGCAUGAAUGGUUUUCAGGACGAGUCCAGUUUGACAAAGACGUCCUCAGAGAAGGACGACUCAGACUCCACAUGUCCAGACUCAGGACUGCUGACUCGGGUCUGUACCUGUGUAGAGUUAACAUAGGUUAUGGGUGGAACUCUGGCCAAUGUCGCCUCAAUGUCACAGCAGCGAGGGAUCGGCCCAAACCUGAGACACCAAACACAGCAAGUGGAGGAAGAGAUGCUUCCAAGACAGGAAGUCCAUCAGAACCAGAGAGUCCGGGAUGGAUCGUCCUCUACUGUGGACUGGGACUGUUAGUAGCAGGACUUCUGCUGGGUGUUUGUUACCGUUUAUACAAUGGUAAAAUAGGUACGAGCAUUGUAGUUUGGUGCAAUGAACAACAGAGCGGCUCAGAUGCCAAUGCUGCUCCCGGCUCAGAAAAUGGUUCCAUUUUAAAAAAUUUAACCAUUAAUGCCAGAAAAGUGCUAGAAUCAAAAUUUAAACAGAAAGAAUAGUAGUUCUCCUGUGACUGGCAGCUAAUUAUAACAACAGGUAACCAUAGCAACAUCUAAGAAUCAUCACUUGACAUUACAUUCGUUUGGCUGAAACUUUUAUCCAAAGUGACUUACAACAAGUGCAUUUUUAUUUACUAAACUAAAUGCACUCACUCAGUAUGAUCAUUUUACAUGAAACCAUCAAAUGAAAAUGUUAUAGUAUACGUACACUUUUUAGACAAGGAGAUGGCGAGGGUGGGCGACAAUGUCAUAAAGAAUAAGAACAACAACGACGAGAACAAUAACAGUUUUAAAGAUUUCCAUGACCGUAUCAACAUUCAGUGUAUUGGAUAAUAAAAUCGCAAUGGACUCUUUGUAUAAAAAAGAAGCUUUUUCAAGUCAGCAUGGAACAAGUAACUAAAAAAAGAUAUCUGGAAGGGGGGGGGUUCCAUAGAUUUCGGAGGAAGGGAGGUGUUAGAGGUUUGUGUGAAUUUUUUUCUUUAUUUUUACUAACUAACGAACCAAAAAAAAACAACAUUUCUUCUUGAGAUAAAAUAUAUUGUUAUACUGUCUUUUUUUUUGUUGUUGUUUAAUUUGCUCCAUUUUUAUUUGGUUGAAUUGUCACGUUCUGCACUUUGAACAAUUAAUAGCCCAAAAGGACAAGUUACAUUUCUUACUGAGACAAAGUAUAUUGUUUGACUGUGGUUGGUAUUUCUCCAUGUGGCCAACAGUGGCAUUCAGUUGUUAAUAAAUUACCAACGGUUUAUGGUGUCAUUGUCUUUUUAGUUACAGCUGUUUUGAAAGGACAUGAAGCUUCAAGACGCCAUGAUACGAAAUAGUUUUCAUCUUUUUAUUUUGGUUAAGUGACUUGUUUACUUGACAAAGCAAAAGUUGAUGUUAUCUUAUUUCUUUACUUUUGGUUGCUGCGGCAUCCUUUUUUUGUGUUGUUUUUGUGUUUCUGCUGUAUCUGAACAAUGUGCUUUAUUGUCAAGCAUUACAAAAACACUCUGCACAGAGUUUAUAAGCAGCUUUUACACAGACCUUUUAAAAAAACAAAACAUUUAAAUUCAAAUGUACUGUUGCUGUUUUAUUAAAAUUUUGUCUGUUAGCUGUAAUUUGUUCGUUGUAUGUGUACUUGAAAGAAAGCAUCAUACAGUGCAUCAAAACAGGGAUUAUAAUUCAUAAUAAAAAGAUAAGAAUGUAUUACAUUUUAAGUAUUAUACACUUUGCAAAAAGAACAAAUGGCAGUGAGCGACCAAGAUGUAUGUAUUAUACUUGACCUUUUAAGUCUUUGUAAAGUGAGUUAUAAUUAUUGUUUGAAUAUGUAUGAUGAUGAAACUAUAAUAAUAAAGUGCUAUA